AGUAAUUUCUAGGAAACAACAACAUCAUGUUCCAUAGAGAUCAUUGAGAACAUGAGCAAAUAUAUGCAAAUAUAAUACGAGUGUACAACAAAAAAGCUGAAUGCAUGGGAUGUACUGGUGAUCUAGUUGAUUCAAAAGGGCCAAGUGUAGUUUUUCUUCAGGAUAUUUACGCAUAGUACGACCCAGACAGUUCAAAACGUGGACAUAUUAUACACUUACCAGACACUCGCUAUAGGUUGUCCCAUAAAAAGUCAGAGGCAAAUGGCCAUAUAUAGAUACAUAAUUUACACAGAAUAGGCCUUACAGCUCCAGGUCAUAACAGUAACACAUGAUGAGAGCGCUACCUACUGUGAUAAAGUCUGUAACUAUACCAUCGAGCAGUUAUGUCGUCCUCUUCGUCCUGAUCACAUCCAUCCUCAAUGUGACUUCAGGAAGCACCUGUGUCGGAAACAGCUGCCCAUUGGAUUGUAAUGUGACGAACUGGGCAGAUUUCACGGUAAAGAGCUAUACAGUAGAAUGGACCACUAUCAAUUGUUGCAAAAACAGCAAUGCCAUUAACUUAUCAUGGUGGAAACAUGCGAAAGAUGGUAGCUGGCAUCCAUCUGAUGUGUUUGCUGGACCUGGUAGUGGGAUUGGACUAUCUGAUGGAGAUCAGGUUUUGAAUUUCUACACUCCCUUAUCGUACCAGAAUGGAAUUUACAGAUGCCAGACUAAGCUACCUGAUGGGAGCCUUGUCCAACAUGACUUCAACGUCAUCUUUCAUGAGAACACUUGCAAUUUUCUAGCAGGCUACCCCAGGAUAGAGAACCCCAUCUCCAAUGGCACACUACCAUUCUGUAACCUGCCUCGUCAGUCCAUCUCACUGCCCUGCGAGGUCGACUUUGGAUACUGUCCAACCAAGUCCAGCCCGCUUAUCAUGAAUGUCUCUUGGCUGUAUGAACACCAGCUAUCUAAUGGUACCACUAGGCUCAAGUGGAUCUCAAAUGGGACUCAUUUCCAUAUUUCUGAAAAAAGGACAAUUAAUGCAGUCGCAUCUUCACUGACUAUCGGGGACAUCCAGGAAAGUGAUUAUAAGAAAUACUACUGUCUUGUUGAUGACGGUAGGCAGAUCAAGUAUUGGUUGAUAGACCUCCAGAAUGGAUUUGCUGGUUCAUGCAAAAGACCACAAACAUUGAUCAUCUACGAUGUAGGAUUCCAGAUUGGAUUGGCAGUGGUGCUCUUCAUGAUUCUGACCACUGUCAUUGUCUUGCCGAUCAUGUGGGAUUACAGACUUGAUAUCCUGCUGUGGAGGCAUAGCUAUCUGAAGGAACAAUCAGUGGAUUUUGAUUACGAUGCGAUACUUGUGCAUGCCGGCACCAAUCCCAUGUACUAUGCAGACACAGAUCCACCAGUGUCGGACUAUGAAUUCGUCAAGGAUGUUCUCUUUGAGAGACUGGCGAACGAGUUCCAUUACAAGCUGUUCAUGCCACUGCAAGAUCUCCCAGCGAUUGGAGACAUCGAAAACGAGUUCAUCGAGAAAAUGGAGAAAAGUCGUAGAAUCAUCUUCAUUGUAUCGGAGACAUUCUUAAAAGAAGACUUGUGUGCCACAGUGUUCACUCACAGCAUACGUCAAGAGGACCGAGCCUCCAACCGGAAUAUUUACAUUCUCAAUGGAGACAUUCCUGACAGCCUGUGGGAUUCUCACACGAAUGAAGUUUUUGGAAAUUUAGAACCUCUGAAAGCCAGUAUCAGCAAUGCGAGAAAAGGUUGGCUGAAGGUUGGCAAGACGUUGGAGUGGACUGGUUCCUAUACACUCAACGAUGGUGCUGUUGCAGCUGCUGAUAAGAAAUCGUUGAAACAGAUCGAACAGUUUUGGAAGAAACUCUGCCUUGCACUGCCACCCAAGGCUAACGUGAGGGACUUCAGGUUCAAACCAAAGUUGAAUGAUGCGUCAUCUGCUUAUCAUUUAAAAAGUGAGGCGAGUUUGUUGAGGGAUGAAGAUGCUCAUUCAUCGGGCAUGGUGUGAUCAAACAGUGUACUCAACGUGUCUCGGUUCACACUCGUGCCGUAUGUUCUACCAGUUCAAUUUAAAACAUUGGGAAGGUUGCCAUUUCUGUGUUGUUGUCCUUUCAGGUGGGACAUGAUUUUGACUUUAGAAAGCUUUGGUACAACAUUUCUCCUGACUGAGCUCUCUUCCAAAAAGUGGACAAUUUUGACCAGCUUUUGAUGUUACAGAAGAAGAAGUUGGUGCUAUAAUCUAUUGUAUACUGCGGAUGGUGCCACUUGUGGUGCAUUGUAUGAGCUGGCACCAAUCUUCCUCAUGGUACUAUAUAUCCAUAUGAAAUACUCUGAAUGUAAUAUACAUGUAAUGUGUCCUGGACAGCAAAUACAUGUAGGUGUCAUUUCAAUGUACUUCACUCAAGUGCAGAAUAAAAUUGUUAUCAUUUCUCCA